GGCUCCAAAACCCUUGCAUAGAUUUCUACGAUAGAUUUAUCAGUUACAAUUAAACGAUUUUAUUCCAAAACGGGUACUCUCGUUUUAAAUGGUAUAUUUCAAAGGUUAUGAAAUAUUCAUGUUAUUUUUGAUUAACCGAGGGCAUAUCAUAUUGCAGAAUCUCUUAAAAUCUGAGAGUCUUGUUUAAAAUGCAAACAGCGUACGUAGUAUGCGAGAUAACGUAAUGGAGGUUUCUGACAGCUCGAAAGUGCUAUGCAUUCGCCUGGCUUUAUUUUCAAUCUAUGUUUUGGCUGGAGCUGCCGUUUUUCAAGCAAUUGAAAGCCAAGAACAACUUCGAGAAAUGAAACGCUAUCGAGACACGAGGAUGGAAAUUUUGCAGAAAUACAACAUCACUGCAAUCGACGCCGACCGUUGGUUGGAAACUUUUCCUUCGACUUCAUUCGGAAGAGAGGAUUUUCUGGAAUGGGAUUUUAGCAAUUCUUUUCUUUUCGCGAUGGUAGUGAUAACUACAAUAGGUUACGGGAACAUUGUACCUAAGACAGUGCAAGGUCGUCUAUUUUGUGUCGUCUAUGCUCUAUUCGGAAUCCCUGGGACGUGUUUAACCCUCAAAGCCGUCGGGGACAAGAUCGCGGAAAUAUUCACAAGACUCGUUACAACCUUUGAGCAACGUCUUCUGAAACGACCACACUCUCGACACGUUGAGCUUAAAGUAGCGUUUGUGACAAUUUUUUUAACUGUAGUUCUCUUGUUGCCGCUGAUGUCUCUUGUAGUGAAAGUAAGGCACCAGGAAUGGACUUACAUCAGUAGUUUUUAUUUCACAUUUAUCACGCUGAGUACGAUUGGAUUCGGAGAUCUUUUGCCGCAGUUUGACAAAGACGCGGACUACAUCCUUGUGCUCUUGGCGUUUGUGGGUCUUGCGUUCGUCUCUAGCAUUUUCUGCUCAAUGAAUACAGUUCUUGAGCAGUAUGGGGUGAGUGUGCGCAUGGUACGGUCUUUGCGCGAUAAACGUGCAGACGGGGAAGAGUUCAUCGCGGACGAAGGCGCAGACUUAGACAACAAGGAUAAAUCCACGUGCGAUUCAAAUGGCUUACAAGAUGGUGCCGUAAUUGAGAAGGAGACGCAUGUUCUUCAAACCAAUAAUACGGAGAACGAAGAAAAUGGCGAGCUGGAAUUAAAACCGCUUUCUAAUCGAAACAGUUUGAUUAUAGACGAGGAGGGCAAAAUGGCAAAUCGCCGAAAACGAGGAAGCAGCGUCAGUCUAGGAAUAUUCCAAUGCUAAGUGCAAAUAUCAACUUAAUAGAAAAUGUAGUAAUAUAUAAAAAUAAAUUCUCACGUGGUAAAGCUAUAGUGUAGUUUCACGUUCUUGAAUAUUUUAUCGACCCUGCAGAAAAAAUGUUCUACUAAAACACACAUUGAUUAGAUGAUACAUUACAAUAUUUCAGCUAUUUGGGCCCAAUUGGUAAGGUUUCCUCAGGCAGACAAUUGCUUUUAAACGUGCAGCUACCGUCUUAAGGUCAUCUCCAAAUAACAAUUCAGAAAAUAACUAUUUGUGCAUAAUUAAGGAGAGGACAAUUUAAGAAUAUAUUACGUCUCGAACCCGUUACGCUUCGUGAUCAAAGUCGAGGAGCUAGGCAUGGUGACGCUUUGCUGAAGCAAAAUAUUUCUUCAAAGGUAGAGCAAGAUAUUGUACUCUCUUCAAGUUGGAGUAAAGGUAUUGUAAAAGUGUCCUUUAAAGGGAUGAAAAUCUCGCUUGUGUUUCCAAAAAAAUUCACGCAGGAGGCUUAAGCAGUAUCGAAAGUAUAUAAAUUGUAUAUAUUUUUUUCACAGCAUAGCUUGAAGUUUAAUAGAGUCGAUGAAGUAACACUUGUGUUAAAUAUCCUCAUGACGAAAAAUCUGUUAUGCUCGAUGUCGGUGUAUGUCAUUUUUACGCGGC